CGGAUGGCUCGGGCUGCCCCGCUCCGCGGCGCGGCCCCGCGCACCCUCCUGCUCGCGCUGCUGCUGCUGCUGCUCCCGCCACCGCCGCUGCUGGCCCGCGCCCCGAGGCCGCCGGAUGCCCGUCGCCGCCAUGCAGUCAGGAGGGGGCCUCAGCUCUGGCAUGAGGCUUGGCCCAGCAGCCUGACACCAGCCCCCCGUGCCGUGGAUGCUCCCCAGCCUGCCCGAGGCCUCAGACCCCCUCGCUGUGGGGUGCCUGACCCACCCGAUGGAUUGAGUGCCCGGAAUCGACAGAAACGUUUUGUGCUGUCCGGGGGUCGCUGGGAGAAGACAGAUCUCACCUACAGGAUCCUCCGGUUCCCAUGGCAACUGGUGCGGGAGCAGGUGCGGCAGACUAUAGCAGAGGCCUUGAAGGUGUGGAGUGACGUGACACCGCUCACCUUCACAGAGGUGCAGGAGGGCCAUGCUGACAUCAUGAUUGACUUUACCAGGUACUCGCACGGGGACAACCUGCCAUUUGAUGGGCCCGGGGGGGUCCUGGCCCACGCCUUCUUUCCCAAGACGCACCGUGAGGGGGAUGUUCACUUCGACUAUGAUGAGACCUGGACUAUUGGGGACAACCAGGGCACAGACCUCCUGCAGGUGGCAGCCCACGAGUUUGGCCACAUGCUGGGGCUGCAGCACACGACGGCAGCCAAGGCCCUCAUGUCCCCUUUCUACAACUUCCGCUACCCGCUGAGCCUCAGCCCAGAUGACCAAAGGGGCAUCCAGCACUUGUAUGGCCGGCGCAUGCCAGACCCCACCUCCAGACCCCCGACCCAGGGCCCUCAGGCUGGAGAGGACACCAACGAGAUUGCACCUCUAGAGCCGGAGGUCCUGCCAGACGCCUGUGAGGUCUCAUUUGAUGCCGUCUCCACCAUUCGUGGCGAGCUCUUCUUCUUCAAGUCAGGUUUCGUGUGGCGGCUGCGCAGGGGCCAGCUGCAGCCUGGCUACCCUGCGCUGGCCUCUCGCCAUUGGCAAGGACUGCCCAGCCCUGUGGAUGCUGCCUUUGAGGAUGCCCAGGGCCACAUCUGGUUCUUCCAAGGUGCCCAGUACUGGGUGUACGAUGGCGAGAAGCCAGUCCUUGGCCCCGCACCACUUUCUGAUCUGGGACUGCCGGGGUCCCCAGUCCAUGCCGCCUUGGUCUGGGGCCCUGAGAAGAAUAAGAUCUACUUCUUCCGGGGCCGGGAUUACUGGCGCUUCCACCCCAACACCCGGCGUGUGGAUAGCCCCGUGCCACGUCGGGCCACUGACUGGCGAGGGGUGCCCUCAGAGAUAGACGCCGCCUUCCAGGAUGCCGACGGCUAUGCUUAUUUCCUGCGUGGCCGCCUCUACUGGAAGUUCGACCCUGUGAAGGUGAAGGCCCUGGAGGGCUUCCCCCGGCUCGUGGGUCCCGAUUUCUUCGACUGUACCGAACCUGCCAACACUUUCCGCUAAGCACAGCUUGGCUGUCCUUGGGGCCCCUGGCCUGACAGUGCCUUAUCACAGAUGACAGCUGGCCGCUGUGGCCCUCUCUGUGGCUGUAAGGCCCUAGGCAGGGCUGGGGGCCAUGUCUCCUCAGGGGACAGUGGGGUGAGGGUCCUGCCCCCAUGACAACUGCAGGGAGCACCACGCCGGUCGUGGUCACCUGCUAGCAACUGCCUCGCAUUGGCAAGGAGGCUUGGUCUUGAAUCACGAGUGAGGGUGAUUCUGGGUGGGCUCUGCCCACCUGUGUAGUUCACAAUCAGAACCUUGGUCUCCGUAUCUCAGGAUAGGACCUUGGCAGGGCAGGGCAGGGCGGGAAGCGGCGCCCUUGCUCAAUCCCUCUGCCAGGUGACACAGGGGCCGGUGCAGGGGAACUGGGGUCUCUAGGACUUAUGUCCUUUCUCGAGAAGUCAGCUCUGGGUAGGCAUUGGGGCUGGCUGUUUUCCAGCUGGUGAUCCUGGAGAAAUCUGGUCCCCUGGAUCUAGACCAGAAUUUAGAGUCAGUUGCUUUCUGCCAGAGACCCUGGGCCCUGGAGGCCCCAACAUACCUCAGUCCUAUUAUCGUGGGUCAACUCCUCACACUCAGCCCAGCACUGGGACCCUCCAAAGCCAUGUAAAUGUGUGUACUGUACAGCAUGUACAAAGUCUUUUUUUUUUUUUACUGAGGAUUGUCAUUAAACACUAUCAUUUUUUUA